AUGAAUUCGCCACUGCGGAUCAUCAUGCAGGGUAAUAGCAAGAAGCAUCUUUCAACGUCUUUUGUGCCCCCUCAUCCACAGUGCCUCUUCAUCCACAGUGCCCCUUCAUCCAUAGUGCCCCCUCAUCCACAGUGCCCCCUCAUCCACAGUGCCCCCUCAUCCACAGUGCCCCUUCAUCCACAGUGCCUCUUCAUCCACAGUGCCCCUUCAUCCACAGUGCCUCUUCAUCCACAGUGCCCCUUUAUCCAUAGUGCCCCCUCAUCCACAGUGCCAGUGCCCCCUCAUCCACAGUGCCCCCUCAUCCACAGUGCCCCCUCAUCUAUAGUGCCCCCUCAUCCACAGUGCCCCCUCAUCCACAGUGCCCCCUCAUCCAUAGUGCCCCCUCAUCCACAGUGCCCCCUCAUCCCCAGAACCCCCUCAUCCACAGUGCCAGUGUCCCCUCAUCCACAGAACCCUCUCAUCCACAGUGCCCCCUCAUCCACAGAACCACGGAGAAGGUUUCGGAUACAUUAA